AUGCCCCGGCUGCCCGCGGCGCUCACCAGCAGCAUGCUCUAUUUCCAGAUGGUGAUCAUGGCAGGGACGGUGAUGCUGGCGUACUACUUCGAAUACACGGACACGUUCACUGUGAACGUGCAGGGCUUCUUCUGCCACGACAGCGCCUACCGCAAGCCCUACCCGGGCCCGGAGGACAGCAGCGCCGUGCCCCCCGUGCUCCUCUACUCGCUGGCCGCCGGGGUCCCCGUGCUCGUGAUAAUAGUUGGAGAAACUGCUGUGUUUUGCCUACAACUGGCCACAAGGGAUUUUGAAAACCAGGAGAAAACUAUUUUAACUGGAGACUGUUGCUAUAUAAACCCACUGGUGAGGAGAACUGUGCGAUUUCUUGGAAUUUAUACGUUUGGACUGUUUGCUACAGACAUCUUUGUAAAUGCUGGACAAGUAGUUACAGGAAAUCUGGCUCCACAUUUUCUCGCCCUGUGUAAACCCAACUACACGGCACUUGGGUGUCAGCAGUAUACGCAGUUCAUCAGUGGGGAAGAGGCCUGCACGGGCAACCCGGAUCUCAUCAUGAGAGCAAGGAAGACAUUUCCAUCCAAAGAAGCGGCUCUCAGUGUCUAUGCAGCUAUGUAUCUGACAAUGUACAUUACCAACACAAUCAAAGCCAAAGGAACAAGACUUGCUAAGCCCGUUCUAUGCCUGGGCUUAAUGUGUUUGGCCUUUCUUACUGGGCUGAACAGAGUAGCAGAAUAUCGAAAUCAUUGGUCCGAUGUGAUAGCAGGCUUUCUGGUUGGAAUAUCUAUAGCAGUAUUUCUGGUCGUGUGUGUGGUAAAUAAUUUCAAAGGAAGACAACCAGAAAAUGAGCAUAUACACACAGAUAAUCUGGCACAGAUGCCAAUGAUCAGCAUUCCUCGAGUAGAAAGUCCUUUGGAAAAGAACCACAUCACUGCCUUCGCAGAAGUCACAUGAUAUUGAAGCAGAUGGUCUUUCACUGCAUUGGACGUCGUCCCUUUUCACCAUCCAUUCAUA